GACGAUGUGCAGCUGCAGAAAGGGGUGACUGGCUGGUUGAGCACGCAAGUGGCAAAGUUUGGUGGAGAAGGAGUUGCCAAGCUCAUUCACCGCCUAGAUUUGAAUGGCGACUAUGUUGAGAAGUGGUAUUUGGGUGUGGCUUUCAAAUGCAUAUGGUAAAUGUUUUUUCCUAGACUUUGUUCAUUUUUAAUUCCAAAAUGUAAUCUACUUUCUGGAUAACCCUCGUAUAUAUUUAUAUAGUGUUAAGUACACUUGUUAAGCAGUUAUCGUUAGCAAAUAUCACACAAUUCAGUUAUUCCAACCGAUGUCUCUUCGGGUCGAAGGAGCAAAAGGCCGCGGUGAUCCACCACCACCCACCCCUUGGCAGCCUGACUUUAUGGCCGCCUUUCAGGACAAAACGGCUCGUUCUUGGCAGAACGAGGGCCUCCGAUCACUUUGGGUGGAUGGGCUUGGGUGAUCAAUGGGGACAUCGAGGGAUAUAAAGGCCAACGCGGAGCUCAAAGGACCCAAAGGCAACUCCGAAGAUGGCCGCGGCGGCAUCCCUGGCCCAAAUCGUGCCCGUUCUGCUGGGCCUCCCUUUCGUGGCCUUUGCACCCGACGUUCCUGUUCAGCCAAACUUUGACGUUAAAAGGUUUGAGGGAGACUGGUUUGCCAUCGCGGUGGUGGGCAAGGAAGCCCCGAUCCGGGAGAUCUCCGUCCACAAGUACAGCGUGACUGCCAAACGGCACACGGGCAUCAGCAUUUUCUUCAGCAGCCUUGAGGGCGGUGACUGCAUAAGGUUUCUCGAUGGAUACCAUGAGCAUGGCCAGCCAGGUAUAUACGCCAACAACCUAGGAGAAGUGGCAGACUUUAUCGUCGUCCAGACGGACUACGACACCUACGCCGUGGUUCUUCUUAACACCGAUCAGCUCCAGCUUUUCAGUCGCAAGCACAGAGGCAACAGCGAGAUGUGGAAGAUCUUCGAUGACGUUGCGGCUGCCAAUGGUUUCCCAGUGGAGAAAAUUUAUUACCCUGUUCUGGAAAAGACUUGCUACGAUUGAUAAAGGAAACGCGUCAAAAUCAAUUAGGAGAAUCUGGAGGCGAAAUUCAGCAAGAAUCGCAUUGGUCUUUUGGGUUGCUGCAUCUGACUGUGGGCUCGUUCUUACUUCAUGUUCUAUUGAGCCUCCCCUUGAAAUCCGUUCUGUAUCAUCUGUGGCCGGAGAACAAAAAGCUAUUAAAGUGUGUCCUUGGCAAACUA